AUGAAUAAUUUCAAUUUUUAUUUUAGGGUUAAAAAAGACAAAAAAGUUAGUUUAAACAAGGGGGGGAAUGUGGUGGAAAUUGAACUUGAUGAUUAUGGACAGGGCAUGCUCUUUUCACCCCAAGAAUUUCAAGAAACAAGAUUUCAAACUCUAACUUUACCGGUUACUCCCCAAGUGCGAAAGGUUGACGAAAAAAACAUAAAACUAACUGCUGACACUUUUGGAGCAGUCGAAAUGGGUAAAGUGGUGCAAAGAAUGACAAUUUAUACUAAAAAUUUGGAAGAACAAUUAAAGUUAGAAAAAGUUUCAGAAGAGGAAUACAAUAAUAAACAUAAUGAUAAUUCUCUCCAAGAACUUAAUAAUUGA